UUGGAAAAUGAGUGUGUGGACUUCCUUCCUCAUGAAGUACCGUUACAAUGGACUUGAAACUGAAAAAGGCUGAAACUGAAGUGGAUUUAAACACAAGUGAAAGCAGAUGAACUCACUGUGUGCUACAGACGUGAAUUUUAAUGCCUUGUGCUAAAAACUAUUCCUAUUAGUUUUUUAGAAACCAUCUGAGGAAUGCUCAAGGACACUUUCAUGACGCACAACGCCAAAAAUUCUUCUCAGUGGAUGUUGUUUACCAUUCUGGCCGUUUCGUGCCAUCUCCAAGUGUGUUUGAGCGAGUGUGUGCCCGCAGUGUUAGCGAGCCGUAAGAGCCUGUACAUACCUGAAGGGGGUAGCGUGUCUCUGUGGUGUGACAUCCUGCACUGUGAACAGAAAUGGACAGGAGGAUGGGGGAUUAGACAAGGAUAUUUCACUUUCCUCACCCCGUCUCCACGAGUCCAUUUGUCCAACAAGACCAUCACAGACAAUGCUACACGCCUCUUCCUCGAGAUCCACAACCUCAACCAAUCAGAUUCUGGGGUGUACCAAUGCAACAUCAACUGGGAGGAGAGCAACAGUCAGGGUCAUGUCACAAAGAUCAAUGUGACUGAAGGUAGCUUUGAUCACUUCAUGCUUGAACCCACAGAACCUACAGGGAGGAAACUUUCUUUCAGGUUGUUGGUUUGUGCUGCGGCCAGUCUGUGUUUUCCUCUGGCUCUCGCUCUGGCCUACUGUUUGUCCUCAGACCGUCAGCCUGCACCUCCCAUCCCUCCUCCACGCUCGCGAAACAGCUCCACGGCUCGAGUUAAACCAAAAGCUGAUGUGGUGUAUGCGACGAUGUCUCUGAAUCGUCCAAGACAGCAGAACACAACUCAAGCAAGGAUGCCAAAGACGGCAGUCAUUUACUCCACACUGAACUUCUCCACAGCUUAAUCCUCGCAGGAAGAUGUCUGGUGUUUUAAACGCUUUUAAAAUGCUUUCACGCUGUGAUUAAGUGGUUAUUCAAGUCAAAAUAAAGUAGUGACACUUCUGUA